AUGAAAGGGGAGAAGGGUCAUCUUCUUGAUGUUGAUAAAAAAGCAGAAACAGGAAAAAUAUUAGAGAAAGGGAAGGAGAUUGAAAAUGGAUGUAGAGUGGGCAAUAAUAGGGGGAAUGUUGCUUUUAUACACGAAGUGGAAGUUGAGAAGGGUGGUACAACUAAUAAGGACUUUUGUCCUGAUGUAUCUCUUCGUAGUCCUAAGUCAGUUAAAGGGAAUGAGAAGCGUUUGUCAAAGGAAAAGGGGGUGAAGCUGUUAAGGGAAAGUUUUGAGACCUCUUUAUUCUACGUUGAUCAUCAAUUUUCUUGUAGAAGAAAUGCUUCGUUUUUUGUUGAUGAUGAUAAUGGCCUUGUUAGGAAAACCAAGCUUCCAAAUAAGGAGUAUAGUUCUGAUAAAGGGAGCUUUGAGUGUUUGGAAAAUAAUGAAGAGUCUUCCGAAGAAUCUGGGGGUGAUGAGUCAGUUGAUUCAGAUCCUAACUUUAUGGAUACAUCUUCUAUAGAGGCAAUUAUUAGACAUGUGUCUAGAGGUAAAUUUCAAUCUCAAUAUAAAUGA